AUUGGUGAGGACAAUUCAAUAAUCGCUGGAUAUUGGUGGGGACAUGUCCCUUCCGUCCAUGCCAAAUCUACGUCCUUGAUCUGCACUGUGUGUGCUUCUAAAACUGGAGGCUGGUUUGAGGAAAACCUCGUCUGAACCCGUCUGUGAUGUCCAGUCCUGAGGCAUAAGGGUUACAGGACAGACCGGUCUCUCUGAUAAGGUCUCAGACAAACCAGAUGUCGAAAUAUUUGCGCAGUGAAAUUUGGCUACCUGUGGGAGCAGGUCAAGUUCCUGAUAAAUACCCCAAACUUUGAAAACGCCACCUACUGACCAAUCAUUUCUCAGGGAAGAUGGUGUCCGCAGAUAAUCCUGAGGACCGCUGUGUGGAGACGACAGAAAAUGGUGUCCGAUGGCAAGCUGGAUCCGUGGCUUUCAAUUCAGAACCGACUGAUGUUCAGGAUAAUGAAACGCCUCACUCUUCACCAUUUAGAAAAUACCACCAGAGCCUGCAGACUCUCAAACCUUUUCGAUGUUCAUCAACACAGUCCCAUCCUGUGGAAAAUGCGAGUUUCACAUCCUUUUCAACUUUUACAUGGCUGAUCCCCAUCAUGUGGGGCUUGUUCAGGAAUCGGCUGGACAUGUCUACACUCACACUAUCUCCUUCAGAUGUUGCUGACAUUAGUGCGCAAAGGCUUCAGAGACUCUGGAAGGAAGAAGUGGCAAAGAGAGGCCCGGAGAAGGCCUCGCUAGUUCGUGUGGCCCUGCGCUUUCUGAGAACCAGGCUGAUUCUGUCCACUGCUGUUUCCAUCUUUUCGGCAUUGUCAUCAUUUCUCGGGCCUACGGUUUUGGUCUAUCACAUUUUAAACUGUAUUGGAGACCCAGGACAGUCUGGACUUUUCAGUUGUGUUGGUUUGGCCUUCGCUCUGUGUUUCACAGAGUUAAGCAAAACAUGGCUAACCACCCUGGAGUGGGCAAUAAACCUGCGUACAGCAGUCAGACUGAAAGGAGCAUUCUCGUCAGUGGGCUUUCAGAAGGUCAUGUCUCUGCAGACACAAAGGAGCAUUUCAAACGGAGAGAUACUUAACAUUUUGACCAAUGAUUGCCACAAAGUUUUCGAGGCAGUAACAUUUGGGUGCUUAGUGCUAUCUGUCCCCGUUGUCUAUCUUGUGUGCGCUAGCUACGCCUGCUAUAUUCUUGGCUACACAGCACUGAUUGGAGUCUUUAUCGAAGUUGUCGUCAUGUUUUCACAGCUAUUUUCCGGCGUGUUCAUGAAAAAAAAGAAGUUGAAGGCUGUAGCGAUAAAAGAUGGCAGAAUUCAAACAAUGGGUGAGAUUCUCAACAACAUUAAACUUAUCAAGAUGUAUGCCUGGGAAGACUGCUUUGAGAAGAAGAUUAAGGGAUUUAGAAAAAAAGAAAAGGAACAACUAAAGUUGAUGGGUUACAUCCAGUCUACUAAUCGUAGCACGACCCUACUCUCUGCCACCUUUGCCACCGUUCUGACCCUCCUUAUACACACUGUGAUAGGCUUGCCACUUUGCGCAUCUAACGCUUUUACCACUUUUGCCAUCUUCAACUUCAUGAGUUACUGCCUUGCUAUUAUGUUUUUGUCUCUGAAGUGGAUAAUUGAAGCUGGAGUGUCACUAAAACGAUUAAGGACAAUACUGCUUAUCCAGAGUCCAGAGCCCUACCUGAGGAAAAACCAAGACGCGGGCUCUGCUAUCGUGGUGGAAAAUGCAACACUUUCUUGGUCCGAACUUCACAGGCGGUCAGGCCCUGUGUCUAGCUCAGAAGAAAGUGAGACAGAACAAAUGAUGAAUGAGACAUCUCUGAAUUCAACAACUGAAACCUUACCAACUCUCAGACACAUCUCCUUCACACUUCCUAAGGGAAACCUGCUUGGUAUCUGUGGGAAUGUGGGGAGCGGAAAAACAUCACUGAUUUCCAGCAUUUUGGAACAGAUGUACCUCCUUGAAGGCUCCAUCACAGCUGAUGGGACAUUUGCCUAUGUUUCCCAGCAGCCUUGGAUUUUCCAUGGAUCUGUUCAAGAAAAUAUCCUUAUGGGGCAACCUUUUGAUCAGUCAAAAUAUGACAGAGUUGUGCAUGCUUGUAGCCUCAGAGAAGACCUGAAAACCCUGCCACGUGGUGAUCAGACUGAGAUUGGAGAGCGUGGGCUGAAUCUGUCAGGAGGACAGAAGCAAAGGAUCAGUCUGGCCAGAGCCAUCUACUCCAACAGGGACAUCUUCCUCCUUGAUGAUCCGCUAUCUGCUGUCGAUGCUCAUGUAGGGAAACACAUAUUUGAAGAAUGCAUAAAGAAGGAGCUCCAAGGCAAAUCCAUCAUACUGGUUACACACCAGCUCCAGUAUUUGGAGUUCUGUGAUGACAUCUUGGUUCUGGAGGAUGGUGAGGUUCAAGAGACUGGAAACCAUCAAGCCCUGAUGAAUGCAAAUGGGCGCUAUGCUCAACUCAUCAGCAACUACCAGAUGGAAGAGUCUAAAAAGCAGAUGGAAGAUGAAGUGAUGUCCCUGGAUCCUGCCAACUUGAAUGAAUCUGAGCUCAGACCUGGUGAAGAUGUUGGAAUGAUGAACAACGCUGUCUUCACACCCGGUGAUCAGCUGGUCAGUCAGGAGUCUACCACUGAAGGCAGAGUCUCUUGGAGAACCUAUCAGAAGUACUGCCUGGCAGCUGGAGGAUAUAUUGUCUCCUUCUUCACGGUCCUAAACAUUUUCACGAUAGUUGGUACUACAGUCUUUAGUAACUGGUGGCUCAGUUUCUGGCUAAAUCAGGGUGAUGGGUCACCCAGUAACACAAGCAGCAAUGCAACUUUCAUGCAGGAUGACAUCUCUCAGAAUCCACAGCUGCACUUCUACCAAUUAAUUUAUGGCAUGACUGUGAUCAUCACUGCACUGUUUGCUACCAUCAAAGCCUUCGUUUACACUAAUGUCACCUUGAAUGCUUCCUGCAAACUCCAUGACACAAUGUAUAAGAAGAUUAUUGAUAGUCCGAUGAGUUUCUUUGACACGACUCCAUCGGGCCAAAUUCUAAAUCGUUUCUCUAAAGAUCAAGAGGAUGUGGACGUUGAGAUUCCCUUCCACAUGGCUGUUUUCUUUCAGUAUUCUCUACUCAUCCUGUACACCAUAAUGAACAUUGUGGCUGUCUUUCCCACCCUGAUGGUAGCUGUGGUUAUAAUGGGAGUCCUGUUUAUCCUGCUCCUCUUCGUAUUGAAUAGGAGCACAUGUCAAAUAAAGAAGAUGGAGAACAUCAGUCGCUCACCAUGGAUCUCUCACACCACCUCUUCCCUGCAGGGCCUCAGCACUAUCCACGCCUACAAAAUAAGAGACAAACACAUAGAACAGUUCAACUACCUGAAUGACAUCAACUCCAAUUACUGUUACCUGUUUUCCUCUGCCAUGUGUCUGCUGACUUUCUGGCUGGAUUUCAUGGCUACUGUGAUGUUCACAUUGGUGGCUCUAUUUGUAGUGUUCAGCAGUAAUGAAGUAAUCAGUCCAAACAGGAAAGCCCUGGCCUUAUCCUACAGCAUGCUGUUGACAAUCGUACUUCGGGGUGUUAUAAAACGGUCACUGGAAGUGGAGGCAAGAUUCAACUCGGUGGAGCGAAUCGAGGAAUACAUCAAGGAUUGUAAGUCUGAGGCUCCCAGGCAUGUAAAGGAGGCUCAGAUCCCACAGGACUGGCCUAGCAGUGGGGGCAUCACCUUCAAAGACUAUAAGAUGAGGUAUAGAGAGAAUACACCAAUCGUCCUGAAUGGUCUUGAUUUCUUCAUCCACCCUGGAGAAAAGCUGGGCAUUGUGGGAAGGACUGGCUCUGGGAAAUCCUCUUUAGGAGUAGCUCUAUUUAGACUUGUGGAGCCUGCAGCAGGAACCAUACUGAUAGAUGGGGUGGACAUCAUGUCCAUUGGCCUGCAAGACCUCCGAAGCAAAUUGUCUGUGAUUCCUCAGGACCCUGUGCUAUUUGUUGGUACAGUCAGGUACAACUUGGAUCCAUUCAAUAAGUCCACUGAUGAGGAGAUCUGGACAGCACUGGAGAGGAGCUACAUGAAGGGCUCGAUCCUCAGCCUGGAGGGAAAGCUACAAGCACAGGUGUUGGAGAAUGGAGAAAACUUCUCUGUAGGCGAGAGACAGCUGAUCUGUAUGGCUAGAGCUCUACUCCGCAACUCCAAGAUCAUUCUUUUGGAUGAAGCCACAGCCUCCACAGAUCCAGAAAUGGAUGUUCUGAUCCAAAAGACAAUCAAAAAGGCCUUUCAAGACAGCACUGUGCUCAUCAUAGCACAUCGCAUCAACACAGUGAUGAAUGCAGAUCGUAUUCUAGUCAUGGACAAUGGACAGGUGGCAGAACUGGACCACCCAGAUGUCCUGAAGCAAAGGCCAGGGUCUCUGUUCUCUUCUCUCUUGGCUGCUUCUAAAACAAUGAAGAGAUGAACCGGUGUAAAGCUGUGAUAUCAAAUAAGCACAGUAAUCACUGUAAUGUGAUACAUUUACACAACAUAUUUUAAUGUUAAUGAAAAGGCAGUGUAACCUUUUUAUAAUUUUGAUCAGUCACAAACAUAUUGGAGUAUGUCGUCCUGUCCCACAGACUUGGCUGCUAUUUAGUUUUCGCUUGUUUAGUUCUCUGUUUUAUUAGGUUUAAGCAGCAAAGCUUUUUUAAGCUUGAUCAUCAAGCUAACUAUUAGGUUCACGUUUAGGUUAAAAUGUACUUUCACAUUAUAAAACACAUGUUACAAAGGUAUAUUUGUUAGCUUUUUUUCCUAUCAGUAUUCACAUGCACUAUACACAGUUGUCUGAUGGCUCUGAAAUAACAUUGCUCUGUUUAUUACCAAUAACUACUGAUGAUGCUGCCUUAUUUGAAUGACAAGAAGGCAGAGGAGGGUACACAAUGGUGAGAAAUGAUGAGUAUUCACUUAUCAGUAUUGUAUUAUUUCACCUAGAUAAGCAGGAUGUGUUUUUGUUUUUCAACCUUGAAGUUUUUAUAAAUAGUGCAUUUUACUUUUUACUUAAA